AUGGAUGCAUGCAGCAGAGCCAGUCUUUGGGAGGCGGCCUGCCAACUUUUGGCCACCAUGCGCUUUCAGGUGGAGCCCAACUGCAUUAGCUACAGCACCUGCAUUAGAGCCUGCGAGUGGGACUUGGCCCUCCACUUGCUCGCUGAGAUGGAAGCUAACCAAGUGCUCCCGAACACCGUCACAAUGAAUUCUGUCAUGGCCGGCUGUGGGUGGCAGAGGGUGCUGCAACUAGUCCAGGGCAUGUCCGAGAAGAGCUUGCGCGCUGACGUGGUGAGCUACUGCACGGCCAUCAGUGCUUGCGAAGACGCAAGCCAGUGGCAACAUGCCGCCUCGCUGUGGCAUGGGAUGGUGUCAAGCAAGCUGCAGAUCAACACAGUAUGCUGCAAUAGUGCGAUCAGCGCGAUUGGCACCGGGGACUGGCGCUGUGCGCUGGACUGCUUCCGGCAGCUGACGGUUUCUCUCGAGCCGGAUGCCGUGAGCUUCGGGUCGGGCAUGGCGGCCGCUGCCUCCGCGAGCUGGGGCCUGGCGCUGGCCUUGGGCGCGUCAGCAUCCGGAAGCUGCCCGGACCUGGCCCAGAGGAACAUCGUCCUGGCCGAGUGCUCGUGGCGCCCAGCACUGGCACUGCUGGGAUGCCGCGAAGCUUCUCUGCAGCCAAACGGCAUCACCUAUUCCAACGCUGUCAAAACGCUGGCAAAAGAUGCGCGCUGGAGAGACUCCUUCACACUCAUAGGCGAGCGGUUUGUCGCAGGAAAUGAGAUUACUGUCAGUGCAGCCCUCGGUGCGUGUGAAAAGGGCCAGGCUUGGCAGAGCUCAGCGAGCUGUUUCAGACGGAUGACGCAGUACGUGGUGGAGCCAAAUGACGUCGCCAUCAACUCAGUGGUAACCGCGGCAGAGAAAGCCGGCCAGUGGCAGAUUGCGCUGAUGCUCUUGGAUCUGGAAUCCGCGAGGCAGGGGCCCCAGGCCCAGGCCCAGCGGGCCUGGAGGCGGGGCCGGCGUGCGCGCCUGGGAGCCGCGCCCGAACCCGGGGCCGCGCCGCAGCAGCUCCCCGAGUCCACGCUGCAGGAGCUGAGCACCUUGGCGUGGGCAGUGGCCGUGGCCGGAGCAACAGAUCGGGAGCUGCUGCGGGAGAUACGCGCCAGGCUGCAGAACGGAGAGGCGAAGCUCCUGCCUUUGCGGAGUCUGGCCAACCUGGCCUGGUCCCUGGCCAUAAGUGGCCACGAUGUCCAGAUCCUUCGACGAGAGCUGGGUGCGCGAAUCGAGAGCGGGUCUCUCUCGGGUCUGAGCUCCGCGAGCUCCGUGCUGGAGCUGCUCUGGGCCUCCAACUUCGCGACAUUUGCGACGGGAUCCGCGGCUUCGAGCUCCAGCUCUCGCUCGCUGAGCGUCUGGGCCGCGGUGAUGCGCGCGCUGCCGGCCCCGGCUCUGGCGCCCCUGGUGGCGAACUCGGGAUCGGGAUCCAUCCCGGGCGCGUGGGGCACGGGGGGCAUGGAGCCCACGGUGGCGCGCCAGCUGCCGGAUCGACUCGUCGUGUACAAGCCGCCGGGAUGGCAGGUGGACGAGUGCGGGGAGGCGAUGGCUUUCCCUUUGUCCUCGUUUGUGCGGGCGCUUCAUCCGCGGAUGGAGCCGCCGCAGCGGGGCUUCCUUCACCGCUUGGACGUGCCCAGCUCGGGGCUGCUGCUGGUGGCCACGAGCGUCCAAGCCUUCUACGACCUGCAGUUCCAGCUGGCCACCGGGCAGCUCACCCGGGACUACAUCGUGCUCUGCCACGGCUGGCUGCCUUCGAGUCCGAGUUGUCCGAGUCGGGCCAGCCGCGCCAUCCGCGCCUCCGUGACCUCGGAUCUGCACCGCGACGCUCCCAGCCGCGUGACGCCCGGCGCCAACUCGCGGACGGAGCUGAAGCUCCUGGCGCACGCGCACCGGGCGCCAAAUGCGCUGUGCCUGGUCCUCGUCCGCAUUUCCACUGGGCGCAAGCAUCAAAUCCGAUUGCACAUGGCCCAUGUUGGACAUCCUACCGCUACCGAUGGAAUCUACGCAUCCGGCGCCACUUUCCAGGCGGACCGGUCCUGGUGCCGCCGCAACUUCUUGCACAGGCAUUUCUUGGCCUUCCGGGCCUCUGCGCCACAAGGCCAAUGUGAGGUGACCAGCCAGCUACCUCAGGAUCUACAUGAGGCGUUGUGCAGCACAAAGGUGAAGGGCACCUGGAGUUGGGAAAGGUUUUCCAGGCGCCCGAUUCCGCCUUGGCACGCUGCCGGGCCCAAGUGUCCGGACGCAAAAUGA